AUGGCACCACCUGAAUACAUCACACACCCCGAGUACUCCUCGAAGGUUCUCGUCCGCGGGGACCCCGAGUACGAACGAUGUCGCGAGAUGAACCCGAGUGCGGCCGGCCCUCGCUAUCCCCGUGAGAUUCAUCUCGUGGAGAGCCCAGCGGACGUACAGAACGCCCUGAAUCGAGCCACCGAGCUUGGAACCACCGUGAGCGUGCGGUCAUCGGGCCACGCCGCGCAAUCGCCUUAUCUCGUGCAAGACGGCAUCCUGAUCGACACCACCAACCUCAACCGACGCGUCGACUACGACGAGGCCACCACGCAGAUAUCCUUUGGGCCGUCCUGCCGCAUCAGCGAGGUAACCGAGAAGCUGAGCGAAGUCGGCCGCUUCUUUCCCAUUGGCCAUGCUCCGACCGUGGCCAUGGCCGGCUAUCUUCUCGGGGGCGGACAAGGGUUCUUCAUGCGGAGUCUUGGUGCCGCCGCGACCUUCGUCACCCGGAUGGAGAUCGUCCUACCCACCGGGGAGACGGUCCUUGCGGACCGCCAACACUACCCCGACCUCUUCUGGGCCGCACGCGGUAGCGGUCUGGGCUUCUUUGGGGUUGUGACGCGGUUCUGGGGCAAGACCAUCCCCGCCAAGACUCCCUGGCAACGGACCCUGCAAUUUGAGAUCAACCACGACAACUACGAGACGCUGCUGACCUGGGCCAUCGAGGCCGGUCGGACCACCCCCAAGGAGCACACGGAUCUGAAUAUGGCCAUUGCGUACGCGCAGGACGAUGCGGACGCCACCGGAGAUGAGGUCCCCCCGGGGGCCCGCUUGCACCUCACGUUGCUGCUGUAUUGCUACGCUGACACAGAGUCUGAAGCGCAGACCAUGCUCGGCGCCUACGACCAAGUCGACGAGGUGCAGGACUUCAUGCUCGACAAACAGCCCGUCCAGAAGUGCACCUUCGAGGAAGUCCUGGCUGCCGGAGAAGCCGGUCCUGGGCCGGGCACUUGCGUCCACAACAAUAGUAUCUUCAGCGAUCCGGGUUGCUCGCUACCUCGGUUGCUGGAAACCAUGAAACCCGCCCUGCUAGAUCUGCCCACCCGGCAAUCCAACGUAUACAUCUACCACUGCGACCAGCGGCCCGACGAGAACGAGAUGGUGAUGAGCCUGCCCCAGGAUCUGUAUCUGAUGACGGCGACUAUUUGGACGGACCCAAAGCGCGAGUCCGGUCUCCGCCAGCAUAUCCGAGAACGGUAUGAGCGGGCUCUGUCUGUUGCUGUGGGGAUGUUUGUCGUGGAUCUGGAUCCGAACUGGGAGGAGGUCAACGCGCGGGUGAUCACCGACACGGCUUUGCAGAAGUUCCUGCACGUCCGGGAGAAGUAUGAUCCCCAGGGGCUGUUUCCCAGCUACAAGGCAUUUGUGCGGGCGGAUCGCAAUGUGAGGGGUCUCAAAGGCACCCUCAACGGGGCUGCCAAUGAGGCUGCCGACAGAGCUGCAGCUGGGACGGCGAGGGACGCUCUGGAGGCGGCUGCUAACGCGGCUGUCACGGGCCCUGCCAACGCAGCUGUCAAUGUAUCGGCCUGA